GUGCUUUUAUUUCGCUCCAAUACUCCAUUAGAUUGUCUUCAUUGAACUGCCGAUGCUGGGCGUGCCUUCGCUUGCUCCUCUUCGUAUCGUCUGGACGGCUUCUGGGGAAGCACAUGGCAAGCUCCUCUCUUCGGCGCCAGCGGGAGGAAUGUUGCUUGAGGACGGUACGCCAGAUUCUUGGUCACGUUCUUUGUCUGCAGCGACUUGGGCAUGUAAUUGAACAGGACGUUGAGGAUGAGUCACUUCAUAAACCUCUAUUCAUAAACAACGUGCGUUAGAUACUCGAUUCUUGAUGAAGCUGCAAUUCAACAUGCGAUUCUUUGCAUUGGCUAAAAUUGAAAGAUAUAAGUGGCCAUAAAUGAUCUUUGCGUUCAUUUUGCUAGCAUCAUACUGCUCCUUCACACGUGGGUAUUGUUGGUCUCUAAAGUUCUUGGAAGCUGCCCCGAUAUCAUCCUGCGCCAAAGACUUCAGGUUCAUAUAUGCAAUUCGCCAAGGUCAUCAAGUCCUGCAUCGCAUCCACAGUUCCCUGUCCAGAACUCGGGAGCAGCUGUUGACAUUAAGGACAGACAUCGCUUGUCAGAAUGAAGACCUUAACAUCCCUCAAUGCUUUUUUUUCUCCCAAAGGGCACGCCAUGUGAUCAAGCAAGAUAGCGAGCAGCAGGCCAGCUAGGCCAGCGCCUACAAUCAUGACAUGGGGAGCCUUGCCAUCAGAGUUGAUGGGCGGUGGAUGGGAUGGGAACUGCUCCAUGGAGAUGAGUGAGGGAAGGGGAGAGGAGUGAUGAGGCACGAAGUGAUAUUCUCAAUUGAGCACAAAAG